CCGAAAUCACCGCAGAUUCCACGCAGGAGUUGGCAGGAUCGCCAAUCCCAGGUGAUUCACUUCUCACCCUCGCCGAUCGCUCUCGUUUGCGGAAACCCGUUAACCUCUGGUUAAUCCGUCCCGUCGAUUAUUCAACUACUUUACUACUAUCGCCGUACGUCGCAGCUUCUCUUGCUAUCGUUAAGCGUUCUACACCAUUCUGCACCACCACCAACCGCGGGCGGAUUCGUACACGCGUCUUCGUAUCGGGCUCAGGGUCGCGGCCUCGUCCCACCUCGCCUCUUCUCGCCUCACCUCGCCUCGCCUCACCUCGCGACUCGCGACUCGCGUCAGUCAACAGCAGCAGCAGCAGCAGCAGUAGCCGUAGCGUGCGUAAUCUCUAUUCGCCGCGUCGUCGCCGUUGCGACUAGUCGCUCUGUCGCUUCUCGCGAUACGCCUUCAUGACGCACGAGCUAAUCGUAAGUCAUAAUGUCAGCGGCACACUCGCGGUGCGCCGCUGCGAUGACACUGUACGCAUCCGAUGAAAUCCGCUUCGUAGGCAGGGGAUGACAGAUGACAGGAAUCGGAUUAGUUGAUCGAAAAAUGCCUUACUCCAAACAACAUAAGACUGUUUUGCAAGCUGUUAUGCAUGAAGGUGCUUUACAUGAGGAUCGUGGAAAAGAAUUAGUUAUAAGGUUAUUUGAUCAUAAUAAUACGGCACAAAUAUUAAAUGAAAUAAAUGCAAAGUUAAAACCAUUAUGCACAACCAUAAAACGUAUAAAUUGCGAAGUUACCGGAGAGCUGUAUUGGAUUUUUACGAGCAUGGUGCAAGACAAAACUGCUAGCUUUGUUUCUCAUUUCUCACAAGCAGAAUUAGCUCUCUUGCGAAAUGUAUAUUCGGAAAUUAUUACUUCUAAUGAUAGCUGUGUAUCAAGUACAUUUUGCCUUAAUUUAUGUUCAUCACUAAAUGCAAAACUGACUAAAACUGAUGCCGAACUAUUUCUACUUGAAAUGGCCAAUAGACAAUGGUUAUGUUGCAAGGAAGGUAAAUAUUACAUGGGAGUAAGAAGCAUAGCAGAAUUAUUGCAAUAUUUCAAAGAUACCUAUGAAGGGAAUCUUCAAAUUUGUACUUUAUGCAAGCAGGAACUUUUUUAUGGUGACAAAUGUAACCAAUGUAAUGCUAUUACACAUGUUUAUUGCCUCAAGAAUUAUGCAAGAAAUCAUAGUAGUUUGGGAUGUCCUAAUUGCCCUUUUUCUACAUCAAGACAGAAUCUUUCUAGUAGUAACACUAGUUGUGCCAUGGAUGUUGAAGAUGCCUCACAGACGAGUAUGGAAAUUCACGAGAUGACACAGUCUAGUCAAACCAGAAAAUUGAAACGAAAACGUAAAAACGAAUUGAUGUAAGAUGUUUUGUUUAAUCAGUUACACAGGACUAUUUGGAAGAGAUGAAUGCCGCAAACUAAAAAGAUUACAUUUAUUUUUAUUUAUAAAAUUAAAUU